CAGCACUGGCAGAGAAGAUAUAAAGUCAGGCAGAGGAGGGAGACAGCACAGAGUCAGGCUGAGUUCACUACUGCUGCCAACACACACUUUCAUCAGGAUAUGGAUACUUGUCAAUUUCUCACCAUCCUCUUCAUGGUGAUAACAUCUGGAAGUGCAGCCCCAGAAUGUGUCAACUGUGACCUGGAAUCUUUUGAACGACCUGAAGGUGAAGCUUUUUAUUUCCUACCUUACGCACUGGAAGAAGGUGUCCCAGAUCAAAACAUCACAUGGCAAAAAAUUGAUGGAACAGGGGGAAUCUCCAACAAUCAGGACGAGAUGGUGCAUUGCCAUGAGGGGGCGCUCUAUUUCUUAAAACUUAAAAUUGAGGACUCUGGAGUCUACAGGGCACGGCAUGAGGACUCAGUAAAAUGUUACUUCUAUGAUCUAAAACUGGCGGUCUUCGACAAAAGCAAACAUGCAAACAAGCUCCUCAGCCAACCAAUCAAAGAAGCUUCCGAAGAAAUCCACGUGCCGUGUCCAGAUCUCAUCAAAGAAACAUGUUACAAAUUCGAUGGAGAAUACACCUGGGAGAAGGACUCCCAACCUCUCCUGAAUGAAAAAUCUGAAGAGCUGUGGGUGAUUAAUGAUAGCAAAAGUAAGGAGGGCAUCUACACCUGCAUCUGUACCUGGGAACACAGAAAGAAGAAGUACAUCACGUCAUCCUCCAGGAGGCUAGAAAUUGAAGAUCUAGUUGUCCACCAACAACUAAGAAUCCUCAAUCCGAUCGAUAGGGAGCAGUUUGCUGAUGAAGGUUUUGGGAUCACGCUGAACUGCUCAGUUCAAUGCGGGAUUAACGUAGGAUCUUACUGCCAUGCUCGCUGGCUUAUUGAUGGGAGUCCUGUCAAUCAGACUGAAGGAUACAGUCAAUCUACCAAAAUAGAGAACCCUAAAGAGAAUACGACCGCCAUCGCAGUCCUGACAAUCCAAAAAGUUACAGCUAAAGAUUUCCGGACUAUAUUUACAUGUGCUGUUAACGGACGUGACACAGCAUCAAGUGCUACUUUAACUCUUAAGCCCAGAGAGUCUGUCGUUCCUCUUAUCAUUGGAGGACUGUGUGUGUCGUUGUUGUGCGUGAUUGCCGCUGUGCUGAUCAAGUACUUCGCAAUCGACCUCGCCCUCUUCUUCAGACCAUACCUCCCACUGAGUCACAAUAGAGAUGGGAGGGUGUACGACGCCUACGUGGUGUACAACAUGCAGGACAUGGACAAGGCUACUGAGGACGCACUCUGUGUUUUCGUCUCGAAGAAUCUGCCCUCAGUCCUCGAAGAGAAGUGUGGAUAUCGACUCUUCAUCCACGGGAGGGAUGACAUACCUGGAGAAGACCGUCUGGAGCUGGUGGAGGAUCGCAUGAAGCAGAGCAGAAGACUGAUGGUCAUCCUCACCCCAGGUUCAGGAUCAGAGUCCAGUCCAUUCUCGCAUGAAGACUCAGUCAUAGGAGGGUUUGAUUGGCAGGUGGGGCUUCAUCACGCGAUGGUCCAGAGAGAAAUGAGCGUGAUUCUGAUCCAGCUGGGGGACAUGGGGCGGCAGGGUUACACACACCUUCCUCCUGGACUGCAGCAUCUUAUUCACAAGAGCGCCCCCGUCAGGUGGCCAGAGACUACACGGAGCGCUUCUGCAAAAAACUCACGCUUCUGGAAGAGAGUGAGAUACCUGAUGCCUGCGACACCUGCAAAAAAAAGCCACCAGUCUUCUCUUAUUUAAAACUUUAUGGUUUGAUUUGGGCUUCCAGGAACGAUAGAUACGCUGCACGUGCAACAGCGAAGGAAAAUGAAGGAAGGUCCUGUCACAUCUUUGGUGCAUAGGCUGUAAAAGAUGAGUGCAGUGUUAGUGUCAUCCCCUGUUGGUGUCUUGAUGAUGAUGGUCACCAUGUUGGAUCAUGUCACCAUGUUUUUAUGAUUGUUUGUGUGGUUGUAUGUACUGUUUGGUUUUGAGCACUUAUUUAAAAAUGCAACUGAUGGUUGUAAAAAUGCCUUAU